AUGGAAGAAGAUCGGGGCUCCAUUCUGACUUCCAAUGUGCUUGCGUUUGGCAUCGCCACUUUCUGUUUUGUCACCCUCCGAAUCAGCUUUCGUCUCUACACUAGGAAAACAUCCACUUCAGACUGGGUUCUUGCAGUCGCACUAGUUUCAUCGCUCGCCCAGGAUGCUUUCAAUGCAGCCUGCGUCACGCAAUGGGGCUAUGGCCAUCACAACCGAGAUCUCUCGGUGCGCAUUCGCUCUUCGCCAGAGCCACUGAAACUUCUUUGGCUGAACCAGGUGUUCUUCAAAUUGACCACGAUGUCGACGAAACUCUCCAUCUGCCUCAUUUAUUUCCACAUCUUCAAGAGGGCGAACUCCCGCCUGAUCCGAGCCACGCGCAUGGUGACAUAUGGCACGACUCUCCUCAUCGUCGGGUAUUACGUACCGGCUUUCUUCGUCAGCAUCUUCCAGUGCACUCCCGUAUCCAAAUCAUGGCAUCCCAAGCAGCCGGGACCCUGUAUCGACCUCGACAACUUCCGUUUCUACACCGCGGCCGCCAACAUCGUCACCAGCGUCCUCGUGAUCGCGACCCCUCUGCCCGCCCUCGGCAAGAUGCGGCGCACCCGGCCCGAAGUCACGGAACUCAUGGGACUGAUCCUCCUGGGGAUGGUUCACACGGGCUGCACGAUCGCCCGGCUGGUCCUCAUGGUCUACCCGGAUCCCGCGACCGGGACCGACCCGCAGUGCAAGUUCCGCUCCCUUCCGCCGCAUUCCCGCCCGGUGGUUUUUUAA